AUGGCAGAUGUCCCAGAGGACAGGAUAACACCAGGCCCACCUUUCACAUCGGUUGAAGUAGAUGUAUUUGGACCGUGGGAAGUUUCUACUUGCAGAACUAGAGGAGGACCAGCAAUCAGCAAACGAUGGGGACUGAUGUUGACAUGUCUUACAUCUAGAGCAGCUCACAUUGAAGUUAUUGAAGAGAUGUCGAGCUCCUCAUUUAUAAAUGCGCUGCGUAGAUUUCUGUCACUUCGUGGUCCUGUGAAAAUAAUACGAUCUGACCGCGGCACCAAUUUCAUUGGGGCUGCUGGGGAGAUGAAGGUGAGCACCAUUAAAGUGGAAGAAGGACCAAUUCAACAGUUCCUAGUCAAAUCUUGCAUCACCUGGAUUUUCAAUGUACCACAUUCCUCCCAUAUGGGUGGAGUCUGGGAGCGAGUUAUUGGAAUGACAAGGAAACUCCUCAACUCGAUGCUCUUAGAAUCCUGUGGAAAACCUCUACAACACGAGACCCUAGCAACGUUCUUAUGUGAAGUUUGUGCCAUCAUAAACUCUCGUCCUAUCGCACCAAUAUCUUCAGAUUCAAAUGAACCGAUGAUUCUUACUCCAUCUAUGAUUCUCACUGGAAAAGUUGAUUUCCUUCCAGUUGUGUCCGAUUCACUUAAUCAACAAGAUGCUUUUCGAGCACAGUGGAAACGCGUACAAGUACUAGCAGGUAUUUUUUGGAAUCAGUGGCGUAAAGAGUAUCUUGCUAUUGUACAGAGCAGACGCAAGUAG